GCAGAGAGCAGUGAAAACAAGCUUUAGUAAGCAACCGCCAGGGCAGAAAGCUCCUGGGCGAUUCACGCGGCUUUCCCAGGCCGGGGUCCUGAGCCCCUAGAACGGAAAACCGGGAAAGACCAGCGCUUCAGAGCACUGCGUUCCGGAGUUCAUCUUCUGCCCAGCACCGAGAAAAAGCGCCGCGCGCCCACUCCGAGCUUCGGCACCCUCUUGGGCUCAGCUGACCCCGGGGCUGCGCAUGGCAAUGCACGAGCCUUGUCAGGCGCCCCAGCAGUGGGAGGGACGCCAGGUUCUGUACCAGCAGAGCAGCGGGCACAACAGCCGCGCCCUGCUGUCCUACGAUGGGAUCAACCAGCGCGUGCGGGUGCUGGACGAGAGGAAGGCGCUGAUCCCCUGCAAGAGAUUAUUUGAAUACAUUUUGCUCUAUAAGGAUGGAGUGAUGUUUCAGAUUGAACAAGCCACCAAACAGUGUGCAAAGAUAUCCUUGACAGAACCCUGGGACCCUCUGGACAUCCCACAGAAUUCUACCUUUGAAGAUCAGUACUCCAUUGGGGGGCCUCAGGAGCAGAUCACAGUCCAGGAGUGGUCCGACAGAAGGACAGCCAGAUCCUAUGAAACCUGGAUCGGCGUUUAUACAGCCAAGGAUUGUUAUCCAGUCCAGGAAACCUUCAUCAGGAAUUACACUGUGGUCCUGUCCACACGGUUUUUUGAUGUGCAGCUAGGCAUUAAGGACCCUUCUGUGUUCACCCCACCAAGUACAUGCCAGAGAGCACAGCCAGAGAAGAUGAGUGAGAACUGCUCCUGGUGAACUUGCUGGGACAGAAACAAUCCUUGGCUCUUAGUGACCCUGUCUGGAAAUGGAUUAGAGACUGGUUUGGUUGGAUGCAGCUCUUCAAUGGAAAUACAGACGAUUUUAAGUGGAUGAACCCUGAUGUGGGUUUUCUUGAACAUCUGGAUCUGGCUGCCAUUCCAUUUUCAAUGGAAAACUCGUGGCAGCCUCAACUGACUGGCAGGGACACUUUGCACACUUCCAAUGCCUGUUUGGGACUGUCCUUUCUGUGCACGGGUGUGUAGUCUGUGCAGUAGAGUAGGAAGGGUUGACGGUAGGUACAUGAAGUUUGCCUCUGCCGGGAUGAACGUUUUAUUAUUGUCAUUUCAACCUGAAGGAUAUAACAAAAUGUAGAAUGACUUAGUUUGUCUGCACCAGAGUGGCAACAGUUCCCACUGACCACACCCCUACCUUUGGCUACUGCAACAUGACUCUUUAAGAUUCCUUCCAGACUUAAAAUUUGUGGCAUGGCCCAAUGAAUGUAGAUAUUCUGCAAGGAAGUGGAAGUUUAUAAGAGGGAGUAAUGAUUCCUCUGAAGGGAAAAGCAAGUUUUAAGCCAGAGGCUUAGACAAUCUUAGAAUUCACACAUGAGAUGAAGUAAGAGCCAUGUGUGUUCUGCUUUCUGUCCUAGAGUACUGAUUAGUGAGAUGAACCUUAUAUUCUAGUAGGCAGACAGGCUUCUAGAACAGCACUGAGUUCUCUUUAACUCUUAACUCCUUUAAGUGUUAAAUUCACUAGGCUAGCUCUGGCCUUGACUUCCCUGGAACUCCAUUUCACCACAACUGUGUCAAUGUGACUUCCGCUCAUCCUUCUCAGGUCAGCUCCCAUGUGACCUCUGCAAGCUGCCCCCACACCUGCAUUCAUUGCACCUUGCUGCUUGGCAUGCCUUGCUCAUUAUACUCACUAUGCUGUGUCAGGAUUUCCUGAUUACUAGAGACUGCCCUCUGCUAUCCUGGCUAAGAGCCCCUUGAGUACGGGUAUCAUGUUCUGUUUACUUUAAUAUCUCCAGUAUCAAGCAAGUGCCUGGCACGUAGUCCGUGCCCUCAACAUUUGUAGAGUGGAGCUCACCAGCUCUGUUGGUGGUCAGUUUCCUCAUCUACUAAGCAGGGUUGGGUUUUCUGAUUACUAGGGAGACUUCCAGUGCCACAACUUACUAUUCUAGAUUCUUCUAUCUCUGUGUCUGUGUUUGAUUUGGCCAUGUAUCAUCUUUAGCUAUUAAGAGAAAUGUGUGACACUUGCUUUAUGCUGAAAACAAUCUAUUUUGUAAUUUAUACACUUAAGCAAAUUUGAUGACAUGUCACAAAUUCUUUUUCCAUGUGUUUGUUUCUGUAACGAAUAUGGAUGAACUCAAUUAUAAGGAAGUUAAAACUCUGCUGUAAUAAAUAAAUAAAUAAAUAAAUAAAUAAAUAUACUUCCCAUAAUAAAAACCAA